AUGAUUAGAGAUGAUGGCGUCGAGCACAGCGACCACAGGCAGGUGACCAUAGAUGGGAAGACAAAGACAGCGAUGAACAGGCUUAUACUGGUCAUGAGCAUCAGAAAGACACCGAUUUCAAAGAAUGCUUGGGUUGAAGCGCCGAUCAAUGCCAACCCCGCAACAAAUGAUGAGGCAGCAGCCAAAAGCACCGGCACGCCGACGAUCGACGUCACCGCACUGAAAAAGACAAAAUUACAUUGA